UGGAGGGCGGUGUCCUCGUGGCCUAUAAAGCAAGUGCUCGGGGGGGCGCGUGCGCCUCUCUGGUGCCGGAAGCGGGCGGGGACAGCGUUGGAGUUGUCGGCCGCGUGCGGCCUGUCCUGGAAGGCGCAGCUCCCGCUGCAGCCGCGGCCCUGAGGCGAGAAGGACACACCUCGGUCAGGGCGAUGCUCCGGGGGCGCCGGGAGGAGGAUGGUGGGGAACAGCGACCGUGGCGAGACCGGGCUGGCUGCGACGACGGGGAGGUGCCGUUCAGCAGCGAGCGGCUCAGGCGAAAGCAGCCGGAGCAGGGGACGGUGAGCAGGAUGGAGGAGGAGGAGGAGGAACGGCUGGAGGGGGAGCAUUUCCGGAGAAUCAUCAACGCCUUCCGAUACUACGGAACUAAUAUGCAUGAGCAAGUGAACAGAACAGAGAGACAGUUUAGAUCCCUCCCAGCCAACCAACAAAACCUACUUCCUCAAUUUCUUCUUCAUCUGGACAAGAUUCGGAAAUGCAUUGAUCAUAACCAAGAGAUCCUACAGACCAUUGUGAACGAGUGCAAACAUAUGUUUGAAAAUAAAGAAUAUGGAGAAGAUGAAAGUGGGAAGAUUGUGCCAGCCUCUACGUUUGACAUGGAUAAAUUAAAGUCCACUUUGAAACAGUUUGUAAGAGACUGGAGUGAAACGGGGAAACCUGAGAGAGAUUCCUGCUACCAGCCAAUCAUUAAUGAAAUUGUAAAGAACUUUCCAAAAGAGAGAUGGGAUCUCUCCAAAGUUAAUAUCCUGGUACCUGGUGCUGGGCUAGGUAGAUUGGCCUGGGAAAUAGCUAUGCUCGGUUAUGCUUGCCAAGGAAAUGAAUGGAGCCUCUUUAUGCUCUUUUCUUCUAAUUUUGUACUCAACAGAUGCUCUGAAAUUAACUCUCAUAAACUUUAUCCCUGGAUUCAUCAGUUUAGCAAUAACAGGAGAUCUGCUGAUCAGAUACGACCAGUUUAUUUCCCUGAUGUUGACCCCCACAGUCUUCCUUCUGGUGCAAACUUUUCUAUGACAGCAGGGGAUUUUCAAGAAAUUUACUCAGAGUGCAAUAUGUGGGACUGCAUAGCAACCUGCUUCUUCAUAGACACAGCGCAUAAUGUCAUUGAUUACAUUGACACAAUAUGGAAAAUUCUCAAACCAGGAGGAAUAUGGAUAAAUUUAGGUCCUCUCCUUUACCACUUUGAAAACUUGGCAAAUGAACUUUCUAUAGAAUUGAGUUAUGAGGAUAUAAAAAAUGUUAUAUUACAGUACGGAUUCCAUCUAGAGGUACGGAUAGAUUGUGGAGAAAGAAUCUGUAUUGUCUACAUACACUGUGAAUGAACUAUCCAUGAUGAAAUACUACUAUGAAUGUGUGUUGUUUGUGGUUAGGAAACCAGAGUUGCAGUGUUUCAAAUAGAUUCUUCAGAAAAAAUGCUGGAGAUAACGCUAAAAUUUACAACACACAAUGGACUAGGUAAUGACUGGAUACAACCUCAAAUCAGUGGUGCCUUGUUUAUUCUUAACAGGAAUUUGAGAGUGUCUAUUUUCUUAAUACCUGUAUUGCUAUCCAGAUAUAUACUGUGCCAUGCAUAUUUGUACUGUACUAGUGAAUAUGGAAGAAAAUGUACACAUACACAGCCCUCAUUCAUCAGAGUGCAUACAAACAUCCCAUUUUCACAAGUAUAAAACUCCUGUUUUAAUGUCUGCCAUGAGGUUGUCCUGAUAAAAAUGGUUUAAUAAUUAUUCAACAGUACCGAAAUCCAAAAUAAUUUACCUUUUAUCUGCAGCUGUAUCUAACAUGCACAAUCUACAGCUCUCAAGAUCUGUUGGAAAGGAUGUACAAUUCUGUGUUUGAUAUCAGAACUGGGACUGUUAUUUCCACUUUCGAUCUGAGGCUUAAAACAAAAAAUGUUCUUUGUGUAUUCUGCCUCAGUUUUUAAACAAAAUUCUAAUUUUCAUUUUUCCUUGUGGCUUUGUGAAUGUUUAGAGGUAUAAUACAAGCUCAGCCACAGUUUAGAGAAGGAUUUCUUAACAUCAAUUUAAAAAUAGAAUAUUUACAAAAUCUGAAAUUUUUGAGCAGUGCUAAAAUGUUUCUUGAAAGCUGCAUUCAUUGUGACUUAGCGCUCCCAGGACCAUUUUCUGUAGGACUGAAAAUAGAAACAAAAGAUAAAAUAUUUUAUAAACUCUAAAUUAUAAUUUUCUGGCCAGGCUAAGCUUAGCAAUCUAUUCUAAUAGUUUGUUGGCUUUGGUAAUUUGAAUAUUGAUAUAUGAAAUCAUAGUAUGGAGUGAAACAAAGCAUCAUGUCACAAAGGAACAGGAGUAAAUUAACCUUGAAACGAAAAUAAGACUUGGUCUGCUAAUGCAGCAACUGCACUCUCACUUUGCCCAUUUGAAGUUUAUCAGUGUAACUUAUCUGUUGCUUAAAUAAAGUGUUUGAAGCAUUUA